CCCUCUGUCCUGUCGCCCCAAACCCAAACCCCUACCUUUGCUCCGCUCCGUCUCCCCCUCCGGCCUCCCUCCUCCGCACCGCACCACCCACCGGCCUCCGGCGAGAGAGGGAGAGAAGGGGUGGUGCUGCCCCCCCUAGCGCGAGGGCGAACGGCGCCCAUGGACGGGCCGCGGAGGGACCGGAGGCACCACCGGAAGGCGGCGCCGGCGGGGGCGGCCUCCUCCUACGGGGACGUCUUCGGCGGGCCGCCGCGCUUCGCCGCCGCGCCGUUCGGGGCCGCCGUGGUCGGGCCCCCGCUCGACUACGCCGAGGUGUUCGGGGGCGCCGCCGCCGCCUGCUCCAUCCCCUACCUCGACCUGCCGCCCGUCGCCGCCGCCCCCUCCGGCGCCGCCUCCGCGGGGGACUACCGCGAGAUCUUCGGCCGCUUCGGCUUCGCGGACUUCGCCGCGCCCUACGAGGACCUCUUCGGCGACGCGCCCGCUCCGGCGCCGGCGCCGGAGCAGCUGCACGAGGAGGAGAUCGCCUCGUCCAGCGGCGGGAGCUCCUACAGAUCAUUGAUAAACAAUGAAUCUAGGCUGGAUGCUGAGCAAUCUACACUUCAUCAACACUUCAAAGAGCAUGAGUCUUCUCCAAUUCCCUCACUUCCGGAUAGUCGGGAAUUCGUCAUGUCAUAUUACAAGACUACCCAAGCGAAACCGGAUGAUCUAGUUGAGAUGACUACUUGCACAGUUCACCCUUCAGUCGAUUAUGUGGUUGGUUCUUCCAAUUUUAAACCUGCCCCAGCAACUAACCAUGUUUCAAAAAUGGAUAAUGGUAUAAUGGCUAAUGGAGACAGAGGGAAGAAAUCUACAUCAACCUCCGUGACUGCCAAUGUGAGAAGUCCUGAGAGUGACUUCACUUUUGAUCAAAAGCAGCACAUACCAGAAUGUCCACCUCUUUCCGAAAAUGUUUCUGCGAAGGAAAGUAACCAGAAAUCUGAUAGUCAUGCAACACCCAGUAACGGAAAACCUUUUGCAGAUUAUGCAUUUAUGAGGGUAUCUACUCCUACUGUGCAAACACAACCAAAAGUACCAUUACAACCUUUGGGACAGCAACCUAAAGUGCUCAACAAGAAAGAAAGUGCAGCAAAAGGAGACUUCCAUUUUGCAAAUCACAGUGGCACUCCAACUUCUGUUCACACCCCUGCAAGUACCAAGCUUGCUCGGGCCGAAAAAAGAGCUGAUGCUGCUUUGUCUAAUACCGAGGGCAAUCCCAGUUCUGCUGCAGCCGCUAUGAAGGAGGCAAUGGAAUAUGCUGAGGCUAGGCUAAGAGCUGCAAAGGAACUGAUGGAGAGAAAAGGUGACAGUUUUAAAAUUAGGAAGAAGCCAAGUCAUCAUAGAAGCACAAGAUCUGUAGAAAUCAAGGCUCCUGUAGAAGUAUAUGCAUUUGAAGAAAAUCUGUCAGUGAAAAAGCCAGCAAAUGAAAAAAACGACUCUGAGAAUUUUGUGUUUGACAGGCACCAACAAGUUAGUGCAGUCGGAUCAAAUCAUCACGAUGAUAGUGGAAAAAUGGUACUGCCAUUGAAGAAGCCUCAGCAGAUGAUGCGAACUCACACUAUGCCCUGUCAAACCUCCAGUAAUAUAGAGAAAUUAGGUAACUGGAGAUCAGGUGAUGAAUAUUUUGAGCUCACUGGAGAUUAUCAGAAAUGCCAGAAUGGUACAGUCAGAGGGAAGGAAGAUAACUGGGAGAGAUCAAAGCCUGUCACUGAACCCAGCGAGGGUCAAAAGGCUAAAACUAAAGUUACCACACAAGGCUCUGGCCUGGAAAGAUACAAAAAACUGUGGGAUGUUAGUGGUGCCAGCGAUUUGGGAGUGAAAGAGGAAAAUCAGAAAGAAGUCAGUACAGUUCCAAUGGAGAAAGGGGAGGAUACUACAAUUCUGGAAACUUCUACAGACAAUAUGGCACAUAAAGGUAUUGAUAACACUCAGUUGGAGGGGCUUCUGAUUGUUGAAAAUUCUGAAGGAAGUCAUGAUGAUGGGAGUUUUGAGCUUCCUUGUAUGAGUGAGAUCACUCCCGAAGUAGACUUCAUCAAGGACGUUCCUAAUUCAUUAUCGGCUUCCUCUUCUGCUAACUAUGCUACUGAUCUAGGUAACAGUAGUAUGAGUGAAGGUUCACUAACAGGAACAUCAGAGGAGCCAAAAAAUAGUGAAGGAGGACUAGAGGUAAGAUAUGAUGAUGAGAUGCAAUGCAUUUCAGGGAAUAGUAAAACAUCACAAGAACCUCCAGAAGUUGCUAAUGUUGGUAAUUCCCAGGCAAGUCAAAUUAAAUCGUUGAUUUUAGAGGAACUUGAAGGAUCUUGUGUAACUCAAGCUUCUCCAAGGGUACAGAGUAAAUCUGAGCUUGAAGCUGAAACUUAUGGAAGGGAGAAGUUUAGUUUUGUAGGUGAAUCUUACCUACAUAAUGAAAAUGAGAAGAUAAGUGAAGUACCCCGCGAAUCGCUAAUCUCCGAAGUAAAGAAAGCUGAAGGUGAGGUGGAACUUCGUCCACACGCACAUUCUGAAGAGUCAGUUCCAGAUGAGGAUGUUGAAUGUCCUGAAGAGAGUGACAUUACUCAGCAAACCAAUAAUCCGGUAGUAUCAACCAUGCUGAACGUAUUUGAGAUAGCCAGCAAGUUCAUCAAAGGAGACCUUGAUCAAGAAAUCCAGGGUUCAUUAGGGCCCGUCGAAGUGAAAAAUAGAACAGAAGAAGGGACUGAUAGACUUGAGUCUGAUGGUAAAGGGAAAGAAGCAGAAAAACCCCACUCAGAAAACAGUGGGAAGACAGAUGUUGAAGUAGAGUCAGCUCAUGAUACUGAUAGACUUGAGUCAGAUUGUGAAAGUAAAGAAGCAGAAAACUCCACCUCAGAAAACAGUGUGAAGACAGACGCUGGAGAAGAAUCAGCUCAUGCUAACCAGGAGGAGCCAACAACAUCUGCAUCUGAUACCAACAAAGGAGAAAGUGUUGUGGAUGCACAGGGUAAUAUAACAGUUGAUGAAAUGGGCAGUGCAGUGAGUUCUGGAGAUGAAGUUACCAUCAACUGUGCUAAUGAUGGUCCCACCAGAUUAGCAGUAAAUACAACAGUUGAUGAAAUGGGCAGUGCAGCGAGUUCUGGAGAUGAAGUUACUAUCAAAUCUGCUAAUGAUGGUCCCACCAGAUUAACAGUAAAUACAAAGGACGAGCCAACUUCCUGUCCAGAAAUGAGUACUGGCUUGCAGCAAUUACCUCAAAAUGUGGAAUCUGCCACUUCUCAGACAUCUAAUGCAAAUGUUCCAAUUGCUGACAAGACCAAGGAGGCGUGCAAAGAAGCAGAAAGAGAAUUGGCUACAACAUUUGAAGAGAAUGGCAGUGUAAAUAGAAUGGAAGGGAAAGACUCUAGAGAAAGGAGAUCAAAGGCAGAACCAAAGCAUCAACAUUGUCAUCUGGAGAAGAGUGACAGUGCUACUUCUCAGACAUCUUAUGAAAAUGUUCCUGGUGUUGACAAGACCAAAGAGGUGUGCAGAGAAGCAGAAAGAGAAUUACCCACAGAAAGACAUACAACGUUUCAAGAAGAGAAAAGCAGGGUAAAUACAAUGGAAGGAAAGGACUCUAGAGAAAGGAUAUCAAAGGCAGAACCAAAGCAUCAACAUUCUCAUUUAGAGAAGAGUGACAGUGUACCAAAACCUGCAGAAAAGCCAUCCCCAGUUUCUGCCGAGGUGUCAGGAAAAGAGACACCUAGGGUUCAGAGAACCAAAGAGAAGGGAGGUAUAGCAGAAAAGGAAAGAGAGAAGAAGGACAAAGAGGCUUCUCGAAGACUGGAAGAGGCAAAAGAAAGGCAAAAGAUAUUGGAGAAAGAAAGAGAAAAUGCCGAAGUCAGUGAAAGGAAAAAAUUGGAAGAGGAGGAAAGGGAGAGGGAAAAGGAAAGGGUAAAGGAUAAGCUUGCUGUUGAAAGAGCUACAAGAGAAGCCCAGGCUGUUGAAAGAGCUAUAAGAGAAGCUCACGAGAGGUCUUUUAAUGAAGCUCGUGAAAAGGCAGAAAAAAUGGCGUUGGAAAGGAUUGCAGCAGCACGGCAAAGGGCUUCUGCAGAGGCCAAGCUAAAAGAAGAGAGGGCAAAUGCCGAAGCUCGGAUAAAAGCAGAAAGGGCUGCAGUCGAGAGAGCAACUGCAGAAGCUCGGGAGAGGGCGAUUAAGAAGGCCAAGGCCGAGAAGGCUGCUGCAGAGGCAAGAGAACGCAGAGAACAGAUCAGAUCCUCUUCCAAGGAUGUUCGACAGGACAAUCAGUUUCAGAGGGCAACUUCCAGUGGUUUCGUAAGAAACACAGAUUCUAGUAGCAAAGUGGUUGAUUCCGAGUCGGCUUUAAGGCAUAAGGCAAGAAUAGAGAGGCAUCAACGCACAACUGAGCGUGUGUCAAAAGCACUCGCGGAGAAGAACAUGCGUGACCUGAUGGCUCAAAGAGAACAGGCAGAGAAAAAUAGGUUGGCCGAUUUCCUGGACCCUGAGGUCAAGAGGUGGUCGAAUGGAAAGGAAGGAAACCUGAGAGCCUUGUUGUCCACUCUGCAAUAUAUCCUUGGAGCUGACAGUGGCUGGCAACCAGUGCCGCUUACCGAUCUCAUCACAGCCGCUGCCGUGAAGAAAGCCUACAGGAAGGCGACCCUCUGCGUCCAUCCGGACAAGGUGCAGCAAAGGGGCGCGACGAUCAGGCAGAAGUACAUCUGUGAAAAGGUCUUCGAUCUUCUAAAGGAUGCUUGGAACAAGUUCACCUCGGAGGAGCGCUAGGGUGGGAUGAUGGAUGGAUGGAUGGAUGGAUGGACAGAAGCCGGAUUCAUUUUGCUAGUUGCAUAGCCAUAUUGUUGGUUCUUUCCAUUGGAUAUUGCUGUAAAUAGGCAGCUCGGUCUAGGUACCAUUCUAGAUGAUGAUAGAAGACUCGAAGGCGGUCUCGGUUGAAAGAGAGAGCUCCGUUGUUCUGGAAAUGAAUUGUGAUGUUCCAGUCCAGACCUGGGUAGCAGUCUAGUCUAGUAGCAGGACAUCUAAUCUAAUAGGCACCUUGACUGUGGUGGAGUUGAAGAUUAAAAAGUUGAAAGAUUACCUA